AUGUAAAUUCGCAUUUAAAGGAUGACCUGCAGAAGCGAGAAUAACCAUUUGUUCAGUACUUAUUACACGGUGUAGUGACUUUUAUCAGUUACUGACCUUAUUAUUACUACUAUCCAGUCCUGCAGAGCUCGAGGGUUCCUCUGGAUACCCGGCCUACAGCUUUUAUGAUCUUUUAGUUGAAUGGGCUAUCCUGUUUAGAAGAAUAGUUAAAUAUGGCGUCACAUUCGAUACCUCUGUGUCUGCCUGACAACUGCUCAUGGAACGAAUACACCAGCGAGUACGAGAAACGAGGAAAGAGUCGCAGUACACUCAAGGUCAUAAAUGCAGCGUUAAGGAAACUAAGAAGCAUCCAAGGUCACGUGUGUGUUGUGGCUAUUGCAGGGCCAUGUAGGAAAGGCAAGUCCUACAUCUUGUCUAAAGCGUUUACUGAUAAGCCAAUCUUUCCCUUGGGACACCUAAUGGACCCAGAGACUAUGGGACUCUGGAUGUAUGUUGUGCAGGAGAAAUUCAAAGACGCGAAUGGAGAAGAGUUUACUGUGGUGUUGAUAGAUUCUGAAGGCACUGACUCAGUGCUGUCCAUGAAAAGAGAUGAUGACGUCAUCUUUACCUUGACAGUCCUUCUCAGUAAUAUACUGAUUUACAACUCAUCUUCAGUGCCCAAGAGAAGUGACUUGGAAGCAUUGGAUCACGUGCUUAAAUUGUGUCAGCGGAUCCAAGUGUUCUCGGGAAAGAUGACUACCCCCAAGCAAGCCCAAAUGGUCUUCCCGUCAUUUCUUUGGCUUUUAAGGGACGUCAUAUUACAAAUUCCCAAAGACUGUAAUGAUGUGAAUGAUUACUUUCGUAARAAGGUAUUCAGUGUGGGCUCACCGGAAGCUGGAGAUAAGGUUCAAAAAGUAGCCGACACUAUUUUGAAAUGUUUUCCAAGUUUCGAAGCGUUCGCUCUCCCUUUUCCUUCUUAUGACCCGGGUGUUGUCCAGAAUCUGUCAGCAGAGAGUAACAGAGGUUCUGUCAAUCAAAAAUUCCUCGACGGAGUAGAGGGAUUUAAAGGGAUAUUGAAGCGUAAAUUGGAACCAAAGAAAACCCCUGAUGGAAAAGGCUUCUUGACUGGCGAAGCUCUAGCAAGCAUGGUUGAGACAUACGUCAAGACUCUCAAUACACCUGGUGCUGUACCGUCCAUUGCUGGUGCAUGGGAAAUGUUCAUUGCACAGAAAGGAGAAGAGCUACUCAAUAUAGCAAAGACCUUUUAUUACCACGAAAUAGAAGACGACAUCAGCUGGAGGCUCCCUUGUGAUUCAUCGAAAAUACGCGAGAUACACGCUAAGGUAUUGGACCAUGUAAUAAGAAGUGUUUUCGGGACUGAAGCCAAGGAGAUCCCAGAUGAGAAGCUACAGCAAUACAUUAGUGAACUGACGGCCGAGGCUGAAGACACAGAAAGCUCUUGGCUUCGAGAAAAUACCCACUUGACAGAACAAAACUGUGACACACUCUUUAAAGAACUGAAAGAAACCUUUCUGACACCAAUGAAAUCCAUGUGGGAGGAGUGUGACCAAGGUAUAGCUGAGAAGAGGAUCACGAGCGCCUACGAAGAAGUUAUGAGGAAGUUUAAAAGAGUGUGUCGAGGCUGUGGAGAGCUUAUUAAGAACUACACAAUGCUGUACGAAGAGGAACUUGACAAAGAAAUGAGAGAAGAGAUCAAACUCGUGAGGCAGAUGGGAACAAAACGUGACGAGAUCACUGCAUAUCAAAUCAUGAUUGAAGAACAGCAGUAUAUAAAACAACAAAAUGAAGAAGAAAAUGAGCGCAUCAAAAGCAGGAUACGAGAUAUAGAUCAAAAGAUGGAGGAUCUUGUGCUACAGAACCAGGAAGAGCAGCAUGCUAUCUUCAAGGAAAUGAGCAAAAGGUUAGAGGAACAGAAAGAUGAGCUGCAAUCUCAAAUAAGAGAAAACCAAGUAAAGGCAAAGAUGGAUAUGGAAGGAAUUGACAGCAUGAUGGAAACUCUGGAAAAACACCAGCAAGAAUUGAGAAGAGUAAUAGAAGAACGUGAUGAGACCAUCCGAAGAUUAAGGCAGCAAAACCGCUAAACAAAGCUGACAAAAAGUGAAAACUAUCCCAAUGUAUGUUAGAAACAUUGAAAACUAGAAAACAGGAAGAUUGAGGUUAGGGAAAAAUAUUAAUUGAUCGCAACAAUGGUAGGUGGCUCCUAUAUAAUAGUCUUUAUCGGACCACCCUUUGUACUGUUACUCCAAGUUUACUUGUAAAAUGCCGAGUCACGGCUAGUUUCUCAGUUGUUCUAUUAUAGUUUAUGGGUAUAACGCGAUACUUUCAGAGGCAAGCAAACAAACAUUUUGCCCUUAAGGUAAGGUUUAUACAAUAGAUAUUAGGCAGAUUAAGAUUCCCAUUUUUCCUUUACCUCAAACGGCAAACGUGACCACGUUUUCAUCGUUUCCCUACAUUUCACUUUACCUUUUGCAAACCUUCUCGACAAAGGACAAGUAGUCUUUUGUUUAUAUUUGUGAUUCCUUUUCACUAAUUUUAAAGAAUUUUUUAACGGUCAACUGACGAUUCACGUUUGCCGUAAACGAGAAUCUUAGUCUCUCUAAAAUGACACAUAUCUCUGUAACGUUAAAAAAAGGUAAUCGAACAAACUACGUAGAUGACACUACAUCCAAUUCCAUUUUAAUAAAAACAGAUCUUCGACUAUCUAUCUAUAUAUAUAUAUAGAGAGAGAGAUGAAGAUAUAAAUAUUGGUAUAACCAGACAAUGUUACAACAGAAAUAAAAUACAUCAUGAAGUAAAAUAUGAAGGUUUGACAGCAAUUCUUUACGAGCCUCGAAAACCUUACCCACCACACCUGAUGUGGAGUCGGUUCUGGCAGUGGGCCUGGAUAGCAAACCAUUAAAUACAUUAUCUACAACAUCUUUUCCAUUUUAUUUGAACCCUAGCAUACAGACUUUUCUGUUGAAAGGAAAACAAAAAACUACAAAAGAACAAGUUUUUUUAACCUUUCCUCGAUCAUAUUUUUGAUUAUUUCUGCAAUAGAAUUCAACAUUAUGCUCUUGUGGUUUUUGACGCUUAUUUCACGAGGACACCCAAGGCAUUUAGAGAAAAAUCUGAGAUUUUCUAGUUAAUUAAAUGAGAAACUCAAAAAAUCCCCUGGUGUCAAGUAUUUGCUUUAUACAGGCUAGACAUGUUUGAGAGGCAAAAUACAUCUGUGAUGUGCAGUAUUUGAUAGCUGAAGUAAGAAUGUUUGGUUAACCUCAGAUGGAAGAAUUCUUCAAAAUAAAUAAUUUCAGUCUUUA